GGAUUUUCCCUCACGUCUACGACCUGUUUCAUUAAAUCAAUGAAGCUGUGCGCUGAUCAGGAACCUCCCGGGGGCGGGUUAGUAAGCACUCUGUGGACAGGGAGCUGAAUUCGUAGAGAGAGUCCUGCGCUGGAAGUCAGCACCCCACGGAGCGAAAUGAACACAGUAGUGAUCGUGUCUGCUGCCAGGACGCCCAUAGGGUCCUUCAAUGGGGCACUGAGCAGCGUGGCACCUUCUGAUUUGGCUGCAGUAGUCAUUAAGGAUGUCCUGAAGAGGGCUGAUGUAAAGCCAGAUGAGGUAUCUGAGGUCAUCAUGGGACAUGUCCUCACUGCAGGCCAUGGACAGAACCCUACACGGCAGGCUAGUGUUGGUGCAGGAAUCCCGUACCCUGUGCCAGCGUGGAGCUGUCAGAUGGUGUGUGGAUCUGGUCUAAAAGCUGUAUGUCUUGGAGCUCAGUCCAUCAUAAUGGGAGAGUCCACAGUAGUGGUGGCAGGGGGCAUGGAGAGCAUGAGCCGGGCACCUCACACAGUGCAGAUGAGGUCAGGAAUAAAGAUGGGAGAUGCCACGCUGCAGGACUCUAUAGUGGCAGAUGGGCUCACAGAUGCUUUUCACAACUGCCACAUGGGUAUCACGGCGGAGAACGUGGCUAAGCAGUGGGGUGUGACCCGAGAAGCUCAGGAUCAGUAUGCUGUCACCUCACAGAGCAGAACUGAGGCAGCCCAGAAGGCUGGAUACUUUAACCAGGAGAUUGUUCCAGUUAUUGUUCCUUCAAGAAAAGGUCCAGUAGAAGUAAAAGUUGAUGAAUUUCCUCGCCACGGGAGCAACAUGGAUGCCAUGUCCAAGCUGAAGCCCUGUUUUCUGAAGGACAGGUCUGGCACAGUCACGGCUGGCAAUGCAUCAGGAAUAAAUGAUGGGGCUGCAGCUACUGUGCUCAUGAGCCAAUCAGAGGCUCAGAAGCGUGGUCUGCACCCAAUGGCACGAAUUGUCUCAUGGGCUCAGACUGGCCUUGAUCCAUCCAUCAUGGGCACAGGGCCAAUUUCAGCCAUCAGAAAAGCAACAGAUAAGGCUGGCUGGCAGCUGCCCGAGGUGGAUCUGUAUGAAAUCAAUGAGGCCUUUGCUGCUCAGUGCCUCGCAGUGGUUAAGGAACUUGGCCUGAACCCCGACAAGGUGAACGUCUGUGGUGGUGCUAUCUCUCUGGGUCAUCCUCUGGGUAUGUCUGGCUGCAGGGUGCUGGUGACCCUCCUGCAUGCACUUCAGAGGACGGGGGGCAGAAAAGGUGUUGCUGCACUAUGCAUCGGAGGAGGAAUGGGAAUUGCUAUGUGUGUAGAGAGAAUUUAAGACACCCUCAAACACACACGUACAGACCAGUUGCUGUUCCAGAACACUGGAUCAGGUCUUAGACACUUACAUUAAUUUGUUGAAAUUGUGUUUAAAUUAUAUUAUGGAAAAUAUGUUAUAUUUUUAUAAUUCAGUCAUCUCAUGUAGUCACUGAAUGGGUUUCUCUGAAAUAUUAAUCAAUAAACACUAUGAUCUUCCUUAGAAAAUCAUGUGCAUAAAUCCUCACAGUCAUACUGACUGACCUUGUCUGACGUUUAUAUAAUUUGCAAUGCUUGGGGUAAGAUGAUGGAUAGGGUGAGAUUAAGAUAAGUAAAUAUUAUUACUUAGACAUGUAUUGAUUGUAGAUGCAAACAACAACUCUCAGUCUAGAUAUCCUGCGCUAUAAAGCUAAAUAGAAACCAAUGAGAGCUUCUACCUUCAAACAUUCCAUGUAUAAAAUGUUUCAUAUACAUUCUGUCUACAUCUUUCUUUUUCUGUGGCUCAGAGCAACUAUGUCUCACUGUACCUCCAAGUCAGAUUUUUACUUUUACUAAUAGUUAGAAAGAAUUACUAACUGUAUUGAUCAAUUAAGAAAUGUCUAAUACCUUAGACUUGCCUUAGCCUACAUAUUACAAUGUGCCAUAUGGCUGAAUUAGCCUCAGUCCUGUGCUUCCUGUCAACAGCCUGAUGAGUGCUGUAUAUGAAAUACUGUAUGUGCUGGUUUGAAACCUCAAGAAAAACAUGUUUACAUAUUAAACUCUGCUGUGUAUCUCCUCUGUGAAUAAAAAAUUCAACCUUA